CAACCAACCAGGCACCAGGCAACUACCACCACCGUCUCAACACGACAACACCCGUCUGGCCGUCUCGCCACGCUCGUCCGGCAGUCUCCUACCGGGCUCCGUCCCGUCCCGCCGCCUGCAUCACCCAAGGGAAGUACAGCCGAGCCCCCACUCGCGUUCCCUGCCGCGCGACCUGAUCGUACGGCCGGGGAGGCUGCCGCGCCUCCUGACCUCGCUUCCGCCUCGCCUCCCCGACCGGACCAGCGGCCUCCGUCUGAAGAUGCAGGGCGGCGUCUCCGGAUUCCAGAACGCGCCGGUGACGCGGGCGGUCGUCGUCGCGAGCGGCCUCCUGUCCGUCGUCUUCAGCGCGCAGCGGCGCGCCCGCGCCCUCGGCAUCUCAUACCAGGACACUAUAACGAAUUUUCGUUUAUGGAAGAUAUUCCCAUCUGUAUUUGCUUUUCAGUCAACACCAGAGUUAAUGUUUGGACUGUACCUUCUGUAUUACUUCCGUGUGUUUGAGAGGCAGAUAGGCUCUAACAAAUACUCGGUUUUUUGUCUCUUCACUAUCACAGCAUCAUCGCUCCUCGAGAUCCUGUCAUUGGUUAUCUUGAAAGAUACAAAUUACAUCAGCACGCUUGCAUCAGGGCCUUAUGGUCUCAUAUUUGCCUCUUUUGUUCCCUUCUUUCUUGACAUUCCAAUCACAUCACGGUUCCGUAUUUUUGGUCUGAAUUUCAGUGACAAAUCAUUCAUUUACUUAGCUGGUUUUCAGCUUCUUUUAUCUUCUUGGAAGCGCUCCCUUAUUCCUGGUAUAUUUGGUCUGGUUGCUGGUUCUCUCUAUCGUCUAAAUGUGCUCGGCAUCCGCAAGAUGAAGCUUCCACAGGUUAUUUCAUCAUUUUUUGCAAGAUAUUUCGCCCCUUCCCCAGGAAGCACAUCUCGCCCCUCCAGGAGUCUUGUUGGAAACACACCGUCCCAUAGAGGCCGUGCUGUUCAGAAUCAGCCAUCAACUGGAUUUGCACCUAUCGUGGAGCCUCCAGAGUCCUCCGUUGCUAUGCUGGUCUCAAUGGGCUUUGAUGGCAAUAACGCAAGGCAGGCACUCGUGAGGGCUAGAAAUGACAUCAACGUGGCAACGAACAUCCUACUGGAAGCACAGUCUCAUUGAACUAACGCACUGCAACUUUCUGGUGGUAAAUUAGAGGGAAGAACUGGUUAUAUUCCAAGAUGAACAAACAAUAUGAGCACAUUGGACUACAGAUCGGUAGAUUAGUGCCUCAUUUCAUCUACCUUGAACUGCAGGCCGACAGUUUAGUAAAUCAGCGUAUACAUUUGCGGCAGUUAGUUUUAUCGUGUCAAUACUUAGAUGCCUUACAUACAGAGAAUGUAAUAUUCCAAUUUCAGCUUGUAGGAUAGAUGAUAUAAGCAUUCAUAGUGUACAAUUCAUCCGAUGUUUUACAGCUUUAGAACUUGUUCCAGCACGAUAUGUGGAUCGUGCUGAGUUCCUUGAUGUUGCAAAGAAAACGAGGAAGGACAUCAGGGAUCGGUAAAAUUUAAGCUUGUUUUAGGGCGAA